AUGGAGAUACAGAAAGGAGCUGAGCUCUGUUUUCCACAACUCCUCAACAUUUCCUGCAGGAAGCCGACGCUUCACUGGUCCAAAGCUGUGCUCCUGAACAUUGUCCUGUCCUGCAUCUCUCUGCUCACUGCUGCUCUAAACCUUCUCGUGAUCAUCUCAGUCUCCUACUUCAGGAAGCUUCACACACCCAGCAACAUCCUCCUACUCUCUCUUGCUGUCUCAGACUUUCUCAUGGGUCUCUUGCUGAUGCCAGCAGAAAUCCUUAGAAGCAUGACGUGCUGGGUACUUGGUGAUCUUAUGUGUUCUGUUUAUUUUUUUCUGACUGUAAACCUUACCUGUGCUUCAAUAGGGAACAUAGUUCUUAUAUCGAUUGACCGUUAUGUGGCUAUUUGUGACCCUCUGCAUUACUCCACAAGAAUUACUGUGGCAAGAGUCAAACUCAGUGUUUGUCUAUGUUGGUUUUAUUCAACUUUCUACUGCAGUCUUUAUACGCAAGAAAUGCUGAUUGAACCAGGCAGGUAUAAUUCCUGUUAUGGUGAGUGUGUGCUUGUCAUCAGUGAUUUUGCUGGAAUGGUUGACCUUAUUUUAUUUUUUAUUCUUCCAGUUAUUAUCAUCAUAGUUCUGUAUACAAGAGUAUUUGUGGUGGCUGUGUCUCAGGCUCGUGCCAUGCGCUCUCAUGUUACGGCUGUCACACUUCAGCGUUCAUUGAAUCAAACAAACAAAUCUGAGCUAAAAGCAGCCAGGACUCUGGGGGUUCUUGUAGUUGUGUUUCUGUCAUGCUACUGUCCAUUUUAUUGCUACUCUCUCACUGAUAAAAAUGCUGUCAAUGAUCCAGCUGCAUCUUUUGUGAUCUUUAUCUUUUAUUUUAACUCUUGUAUAAACCCUUUGAUGUAUGCCCUGUUUUACCCCUGGUUUAGAAAUGCUGUUAAACUUAUUAUCACAUUGCAGAUAUUCAAGCAUAACUCCUGUGAGGCCAACAUACUAUAA